AUGGCGUCCUUUUUCCAGAGCUUUCGCAGCUCUGUCAUGCCCAAGCGCUUGCUGCGUUAUGCGCUGUCGCGCUUGGACUUCCUCGACACCGAUGCCCUCGACCUGGAGAAUUUGGACUUUGCCCUCGGCCGGAAUACCGUACUGGAGUUUCGGGAUGUCGGGCUUGUACUUGCUAAGCUUGAACGUCUGCUGGGCCUGCCGCCCGCCUUCUCCCUGCAGAAGGCAAAGGUCCUCAUCCUCAGGGUGACCAUCCCCAUGGACUUCUACACGAGCCCUAUCGUAGCAGAAGUCGAUGGCGUGGAUAUCCGGGUGAAGGUGUCACAUAAUAAGGCAGAGACUGAUGAUAUUCAGAAAGGGAAGGGGUCUACGGUAGGGGAGGAUAUUGUGCCCACGGCCGCGGACCUGGCCCAGUCUUUCCUGGAGACGCAACCCCCCGCCGAGAAGAAGCAGCUAGAGGAGGCGAUAGCCGCGGAGACGCAGGACCUCGGCGCAUCGAUCCUGAGCGAGUCUGAGAGCAGUGACGAUGACUCGACGACCGGCACCGGCCAGCCUCUGUCGUUGCCGGUUUUUCUCACGGACUUCCUCCAGGGAAUCGUAGACCGUAUGCAAGUUCGCAUUGGGACGGUUACCUUCCAGGGCGAUGUAGAAGUCCCCGUCGACCCAGACGUCGCUGCGCCAGAGACAGUCACAUUCCAGCUAUCCCUAGAGAGCAUCAAUGUCGAGGGUGUCACAACGCUCCCCGACACGGCAGACGGGAACAGCUGCACGCACGCGGUCGUGCACAAAGACGGCAAGCGGCAUAUUCUGCUGAACAAUAUCCGCGCAGCGCUGAUAUCGGAGGCCAACGUGUUUGCCUCGCUGGGCCCGUCCCCGUCGAUGCACUCGUCCUUGGCGUCGAAGUCGCCCGUAGCGAGCGAGGAGCCGAGGGCGCCUAACCUGGCUGAGAGCGUGAGCCGGCGGUCGGGAUAUGGGUCGCUUGCGGGAUCUGCUGCGCAGCUUCAGCCGCUUUCGUCGAGUCGGCAGUCCUCGGUGAGGGACAGUGAGGAGGCGCUGGGGAUUCCGUAUGAUUUUGGUGAGGAUGAGACAGACGAACAGGAAGAACAGGGGGGGCCUGCCUCGUCGCUGUCUACUCCGAGAGCGUCGUUCCAUCAGGAUUUGUUGUGUGAACGGCCGACUGCUCUGUCCAGGGAUCCGGCCAAAUCGACGGUUGUUGAGAGGUUCCGUGGCGAAUGGUCGACCUACGAGCGCGAGGCGAGGUCUGAGCCGGACCUGCGACCGCCGGAGGGGUUUUCGCUUUCGACAACGCAGUCUCCCCAGGAGAGUAUCCAUUCCUCGGGGUCUGCAUCCGCACAGAGCUCGCGGCGCGCGAGCAUAGAAGACUUGACGCAGUCGCAGCUGUAUAGUCAUGAAGAUGCCGAGAGCAUGUACAUGAGCGCCUUUUCGGAGGUUGGCUCGUCGAAGAUGCGCACCGCGAUGCCCGGCGCGUGGGAGGACUCCGAAGACUCGCAGCAGCAGGAUGAGCCGCCGAAGGACGAGGAGUUUGGUACUCGGUCGGCGGCGGCGAGUACGCCGCCGUUGGAGGGCCCGCCCCAGGCGAGAGAACGGGUUGAGAGCGAACCAGCCGAGGAGGGGGAGCCUCCUCAAGAGCUGCUGCAGCAAGAGAUAGAGCAGCUGCCAGAGCUGUCUGCCCAGGAGCCAGAGCCAGCGCCGCAGGACGAUGUCCCGACUCCUCGUGGGCCGACAAGGUUGGCAAAGGAGAUCAUGUUGCUGGAUUCGAUUUCGGUUUACCUGCCUACAGCGCAUAAGCAUCUGCAGGUUACCACGCCCGACCUGGCGAGGUCUGUCUCGCCUAAUGUGCCGGGGGCUUUUUCGGUUCACUCUGCGGCCGGCAAGAGUCAGAUACUCCCCAUGACUCCCGCGCGCGCUGAGCACAGCUCCACGGAUGGAGCUAUCGAAGUGAUCAUGAAGCCGUUGGAUAUCCGAUUUGAUGCAUCGACCGGCUUCCUCCUGGCCAAGGUCAUAUCUAGUCUGCUGGAGGCGCUACAACAGAGCAGCGAGCCGACCCGUCCCGCUCACAGCAGUAACGACAAGUCCGAUGCCACUCCCAGCACUACCUCCCCCCUCCCCGACCUACGCAUUACCCUCGAAGGCCUCUCGAUCCAGUUCCUCGAGAAGCUCGCUGGCGUAGCCGACACCCCAAGCCGCAUCUUCUCCAGGCACAACGACAGCACCCCCGGCAGCAGUGACUUCCCCUCCGACGUACUCCUGCUGCAGGCCAAGGUAUCCAACCUCCACGCUUCUGUUACGUCCCACGCGAACGGCCAGCCCGAGGCGAACAUCACAGCAGAGAAGGUCUCAUUCGGCUACGCCGACGAUGAUAUCCUCGCCUUCGACAGGUCCGUGCAGCUGUUCGAGUCCAUCGCGAAUACCUUCCCCUCGGCAGGGAGUGACAUUGCCGUCAGGGUGAGGAAUGGGCCGGAGGAGGUCAGGGUGGAGGUGAAUGCGUUGCCGUUGCAUGUGAAAUUGGAUUUGCAGAGGUUGGAUGAGACCUUUAGUUGGUUUGGUGGGCUGAGUAGUUUCAUUAACAUGGGCACUUCCUCAGCCACGCCGGGCCAGAAGCUUCCUCCCCCAAAACCGCAGAAAGGUGUCAGAUUCGAGACCCCCGACGAGGAAGACCGCGCACGGGGGAAGGAGCAGAAGGUGGAUUUGAGGAUCAACGGGACCCGGGUGGAUGUCAUCGGGAAGGACUGCAGUCUUUUGCUCAACACCAGCGCCCUGAAGCUUGUCAGUCGUGGUGAGGGGAUCGGCAUGCACUUUAGUCGGAUCCGGCUUUCGGGACCUUACCUUCGCUCGUCGAGCGCCGUUGGCCCGCCGAUCUUGACCGAAGUCGAAAACACCCGCGUCGACUUUAUGUUCUCUCCGCGCCCGAAGGACUUGGAACGCUUGCUCGAGCUGAUCACGCCUUCACGACACAGAUUCGAUGAGCGCGAGGACGAGAUCAUGGUGGAUACCUUACUCCGCCAACGCCGCAAGGGGUCGGUGCUGUCAUUGACCGUGGGCAGAGUCAAGAUCGAGGCGGAUAAGCUUUCGCAGCUGGCUUGUCUGCCCAGUCUGGCGGACGACCUCGCUAAGCUAGGGACUGUGGCGAAGUACCUGCCCGAAGAUGAUCGUCCGGGCUUGUUGACCCUGUGUCAUGUGAGGGAGAUUGAUGUUGGCGCUGAUCUCGCGGGACGCAUGGGCACCAUCCAGGGGGCAUUCACCGAUCUCGAGAUAGCGCAUAUCACCGUUCCUGCCCUGGUAGCCGUCGCGUUGGGCAGAUUGUCUGUCAGACGCAAUGGCUCCGAAGAGUUGGUCUACACAUCUCCCGCACCCACACCCAGCUCGGUCCCUAAACCACCCGUCGUGAUGAUGCGCUUGAUUGACGACCUUGAGCCGGUGCUGAAGGUUAAUCUGAUGGGCUUGGCCGUGGAGUAUCGUGUGCCAACAAUCAUGGAUCUGCUCGGGCUGGGGGAGGAUGCGACACCGCAGGAGUUUGAGGCGGGGUUGGCCGCGUCGGUGGCGAAUUUGGGGGAGCAGGCGCAGGCUGCGUUGAAGGGGACUGCCCCAUCGCCGGAGAGGGAGAAGGAUCCGUUGGAACGGCAGGCUAAGCAGCAGAUGAAGCUGGAUGUCAAGUUGCUCGAUUGUGUGGUUGGGUUGAAUCCGCUGGGGUUGAAGUCCAAGCUGGCGGUGGUGUUGACGGAUGGGAGGUUGGAGGCUUCCCCUGGCGGGGAUGGGAAGCAAGGGGAUACGGUGAGUGCGUCGCUGGCGCUCAAGAAGGCCGCCAUCCUGCUGGUCGACGACGUCGCCGUCCUCUCGUCAACCGGCGGCUCGUUUACCUCCACCCGCCGCUCGCACGCCGCGCUGUCUGCCCAAGCAGCAGAGAUGUGUGCCAAGGGGUACGUCAGCAUCUGCCAGAUCUCGUCGGCGCGCAUGGGCGUCAAGGCGAUGAAGGACUCCGAAUCCGGGGAUACCCGGUUGGAGGUCGAGGUCCGGGACGAUCUUCUCGUGCUCGAAACCUGCGCCGACUCGACGCAGACGCUGAUCGGGCUUGCGAACGCACUGGCUCCGCCUACCCCGCCGGGCAGGGAGAAUAAGUUCCGCACGGAGGUUGUGCCGGUGGAGGAUUUACUCGCGUCGAUUACUGCGGAUGCGUUUGGACGUGCCGAGGGGGAUUAUGAUUUUGAUAGGGACUUUGCUGCUGUGUCGCAGGACACGGAUGCGGGGAGUGAAGGGGAGGAUUUCUUUGCUGGAGGAGGGGGGGGAUCCGGGGCAAGUAGCCAGCUGCACUUUGACCCGAAUUACUACGACCGCCUCGAGGGCGAGAAGGAGGCGCUGUUUGAUGCGACGGAGGAGGAGUCGGUCAUGAUGGCGGGCGAUACGAGGGUCGAGGAGACCAGUGAUGGGGUGCUACUCUCCAACACGGCAGACUCGGGGGCUCUGGCUGGCGACAGUAGCAGCGAGGAGCUGACGGUGCAGGAGAACUACUUUGCGCAGCGGAGAGCUGUGCAGGGGACCGCCCAUCGCUGGAACUCUGCAAAGAAUACCUACGAUCGCGCAAACGACGAUAAGAUCCGGCGUAGCCCCCUCAAGGUGUCGGUCCGGGACGUACAUGUCAUUUGGCAUUUGUUUGACGGGUAUGACUGGGCGCGCACCAGGGAAGUCAUCACCAAGGCGGUGCAGGAUGUGGAAGCGAGGGCGUAUGAGCGGCGUCGGGCGAGGGGUGAUCGACGGAGGAGAGGGUUUGAUGAGGAGGAUGAGGAGGAGGCGGUCAUCGAAGACUUCCUCUUCAACUCAAUCUACAUCGGUAUUCCGGCCGGCCGUGAUCCGAAGGAGCUGUCACAGGCCAUUAACGAGGCGCUGCACGACACGGCCGAUACGGAGACUGUCAUGACCACGCCCACGACGACCACGUCCGCACGGCCGAUGGGGCAUCGGCGGACAAAGAGUAAGAAUGGCACGCUUAAGCUGGGCCGCAGCAAGCAUCACAAGAUCACGUUCGAGCUGAAGGGGGUGAAUGUUGAUUUGGUGGUCUUCCCGCCCGGCUCGGGGGAGACCCUCAACUCGAUCGACGUCCGCGUCGGAGACCUCGACAUCUUCGACCACAUGCCCACCUCGACCUGGAAGAAGUUUGCCACCUACGACAUGGACGCCGGCGAGCGCGAGCAGGGCGCGAGCAUGGUGCAUCUCGAGCUCCUCAACGUCCGGCCUGUCCCCUCUACCCCUGCGUCGGAAAUCGUCCUCAAAGUCAGCGUUCUCCCCCUCCGCCUGCAUGUCGACCAGGAUGCGCUCGAUUUCAUCACCCGCUUCUUCGAGUUCAAAGAUGACAACGCCGCCCCCUCCGUCCCGCCAUCCCCCUCCGAUAUUCCGUUUAUCCAGCGCGCCGAGAUCAACGAUAUCCCUGUUCGUCUGGACUUCAAGCCCAAGCGAGUCGACUAUGCGGGUCUCAGAUCCGGCCGCACGACGGAGUUUAUGAACUUUGUCAUUCUCGAGGACGCGCGCAUGGUUUUGCGGCAUGUCAUUCUCUACGGCGUGUCGGGUUUCGAUCGGCUGGGGAAGCAGCUGAACGAUAUAUGGAUGGAUAACGUCAAGCGGACACAGUUACCGUCCGUGCUGGCUGGUGUUGGACCCUUCAGGUCGGUUGUUAAUGCCGGCGCCGGCAUCCGCGAUCUGAUCGAGAUUCCGAUCAGAGAGUACCGCAAGGAUGGGAGGAUUGUACGGAGCAUCAAGAAGGGCGCGACAGCGUUUGCUCGCACCACCGGCAUUGAGGCUGUCCGGUUAGGAGCAAAACUUGCCAUCGGCACGCAGAAUGCGCUGCAGAACGCAGAAGGCCUGCUCGCCCCCCCGUCUUCCUCCGGCCAUCACCACCAUUCGAUGGAGGAUUGGGACGCCUCUGAGGCAGAGGACCUCACCCCGGACGAAGUCCCCCCGACAACCCGCAAAACUUCCCUCUACGCUGACCAACCUUUGGGUAUUGUCCAGGGCAUGCGGGUUGCAUACCGCAGCUUGGCGCGCGACCUGGCUGUCGCGCGCGACGCAAUCAUUGCUGUGCCGGCCGAGGUCAUGGAGACGGGGAGCGCGCAGGGCGCAGCUAAGGUUGUGUUGCGCCGGGCGCCGACGAUUAUUCUGAGGCCGGCGAUUGGUGCUACAAAAGCUAUUGGACAGACUCUGUUGGGGGCGACGAAUAGCCUUGAUCCAGGGCAGAGGAGGAGGGUGGAGGCGAAAUAUAAGCACUGA